AUGUCGAAAUUAUUCACGCCUGCGCCUCCUCCCCCAUCCAAGCUCGGCCGGUACAGGGUCUUGUCCCCGAAGGCGGGCAUCUAUGUCUCCCCCCUUGCUUUGGGCGCCAUGAGCAUUGGAGACAAAUGGGACAGCAUCGGGUUGGGAGCUAUGAACAAAGAAUCGAGUUUUGAACUCCUGGAUGCUUAUUACGACAAUGGAGGGAACUUCAUCGAUACGUCUAGUAACUAUCAGGACGAGACAUCUGAGCAGUUCAUCGGUGAAUGGGCCGAAAAGCGCGGUAUACGCGAUCAGCUAGUAAUUGCGACCAAGUACUCCAUGAACUACAAACGCACAGACCCAAACGCGAAAAUUGCAGUAAACUAUGUCGGAAAUCACCUAAAGAAUAUGCUACUCAGCGUCGAAGCCAGCCUGAAGAAGUUACGUACGACAUACAUCGACAUUCUCUACGUUCACUGGUGGGGAUACGACACUUCGAUCGAAGAGGUAAUGAAUGGCCUACAUACUUUGGUGUCCCAAAGUAAGGUCCUCUAUCUGGGUGCUUCGAACGUGCCUGCGUGGGUAGUAGCGACAGCAAACCAGUAUGCUCGCGAUCAUGGAAAAACACCCUUCUCCGUGUAUCAAGGAAGCUGGAGUAUCAUAGAGCGUUCAUUUGAACGCGACAUAAUCCCCAUGGCACGUAAAGAAGGCCUUGCAUUGGUGCCUUGGGGUGUGCUUGCAGGCGGCAAGCUCCGCACAGACGCGGAAGAACAACGCAGGAAGGAGUCAGGCGAGAAAGGACGUGAACUAAGGACAAAUUUGAGCUGGAAGCGAACAGAAAGCGAAGCCAAGAUAUCCCGUGCGCUGGAAAAGGUUGCUAGCGAGGUCGGCGCGAAAAGCAUCACUGCUGUUGCGAUUGCGUAUGUGAUGCAAAAGACGACGCAUGUCGUUCCCCUCAUUGGCGGCCGUAAAGUCGAGCACCUCCUAGCUAACCUCGAAGCACUAGACAUCUCCCUCAGCAAAGAGCAAGUAGAGUAUAUCGAAGGCAUUCUGCCCUUCGAGCGUGGUUUCCCAUACACUGUCAUUGGAGACGAAACGACAUAUACGUCGUUCGUAAAUAGUGUUGCCACCAUUGACAGGCAACCUCUACCAGAGCCCAUAACGCCAAAAACGCAGUGA